AUGACAUACACAACGAAGGUUCAUUAUGUGACCAGUAGUAGUAAUAGUAGUAGUAGUAGUAGUAGUAGUAAUGAUGAUGCUGAUGAUAGUAGUAGUAGUAGUAUUUGGAUGUCAAUCAUCAAUAUGAAUAGCCAAGGGAGAAAAGGAGGAAGAGGUAAGGGUGAAGUGGACCAGGUCGAGUGGUCAUUCACAGUUGAGCAGUUGCGCAUAAACUAUCUCAUAUACUCGUAA